AGGGCGUGGAUUCUCCCAGUCAGUGCACUGAACUCUUCCGUCUGAAGAAAAAGCAGCAGAUUAUCAACAUUAUUUCAGCAAUGGAGGGAGUAGUUAUACGGCACUGGGUGGAAAUUCCAGUACGCUUUCAGGACUAUUUUACAAAUCAAGAUUUGGAAGCAUGCAAGUUAAAUCACUCUCUUUACACCUUGCCGGGCCCAGCAGUGGCUGCACAGACAAGGGACAUGGAUACAGCGGAAACAAAGCAGAACAGCAUAAAUGAAGAAAAGCCCAACUUUCAAGUGCUACUAGAUGUUGUACAGUUCCGUCCUGAAGAUGUUAUCAUUCAAACCUUUGAAGGCUGGCUACUGAUCAAAGCUCAGCAUGGACCCAGGAUGGAUGAACAUGGCUUUAUAGCCAGAAGCUUUACUAGACAAUACAAAUUGCCAGACAGAGUUGAAACAAAAGAUCUGACUGCUCUCUUUUGCCACGAUGGCAUUUUGGUUAUUGAAACCAAGACCUUUGGCAAGAAAUGAACUGUAGACUUUUUGUUACGAGUGAGACAAUAUUAUUCCUACUGUAACGUGAACAACCAUGUAUCAUGAUGCCAUGCAUGCAGAGCUGUGUUUACAGUGAAGAUAAAGGCAAGCUUUUACAUAUUUUA